CGGAACUCUUACUUGGCUGUCAGUUAAAGUCUUCCCGUCAAUCGAUGAUCUGAGUAAUGUGUAAGAAAUCCCUUCAAUUACAAGCUUCAAUUCUGCACUUGGACUGUGUUUUCCGUGAAGAAGGUGAGAUAACUGAGAAUUCCUUAUUUUUAGAAUUCCCAUGGGAGGAAUUUUGAGCUUGGCUGGUCCAAAGUCUAGGCAGGCAAGCAAUUACAAUGAGGUCUCAUGGGUUGAAACCUGCAAGAAACAGAAGAUGACCUCAGGCUUCAAUGAGGAGAGCCCAGGGUUGAUUCCUAGUCUUCCUGAUGAGUUAUCAAUUCAGAUCCUUGCCAGAAUUCCUAGAGUUUACUACUUCAAUUUGAGGCUGGUCUCAAAAAAGUGGAAGGCAACUAUUAUGAGUUCUGAGUUGUUUAAAUUGAGAAAAGAACUUGGAUUGACUGAGGAGUGGUUAUACAUGUUGACUAAAGUUGGAGAGGAGAAACUUCUAUGGCAUGCUUUGGACCCUCUGUCAAGAAGAUGGCAGACAUUGCCACCAAUGCCAAAUUCUGUUUAUGAAGAAUCUACUUGUAUGGGUUUCUCUGGGUUUUGGAUGUUGAACAUUGUGGGAUCAAGCUUCAAAAUUUCUGAAUUUAUUAGGAGUUGGCUUCAACAGAAAGAUGGAUUGGGUCACAUGCCAUUUUUUGGUUGUGCCAUUGGUGCUCUUGAUGGAUGUCUUUAUGUAUUAGGGGGAUUUUGUAGAGCUUCCACUAUGAGAUGUGUAUGGCGAUUUAAUCCAAUUCUAAAUUCCUGGAGUGAAGUGACUUCCAUGUCUGUGGGGAGAGCCUAUUGUAAAACUGGUAUAUUAAAUAAUAAGCUUUAUGUCGUUGGAGGAGUUACUAUGGGCCAAGGGGGAUUGACUCCUCUUCACUCUGCUGAAGUUUUUGACCCCUGCACAGGUUUAUGGUCUGAAGUUCCAAAUAUGCCAUUUUCAAGGGCUCAAACAUUCCCUAAUAUCUUCUUGGCCGACAUGUUUAAGCCUAUUGCUACCGGGAUGACUCCAUACAUGGGAAGGUUAUUUGUUCCUCAGAGUUUAUAUUCAUGGCCCUUUUUCUUUGAUGCUGGGGGUGAAAUUUAUGAUCCUGAAACUAAUUCCUGGGACGAAAUGCCAAGUGGUAUGGGAGACGGUUGGCCUGCACGACAAGCAGCUACAAAACUGAGUGUGGUAGUUGAUGGUGAAUUGUAUGCUUUUGAUCUAUCUAGUCCUACUGAUAGUGGUAAGAUAAAGGUUUAUGAUAAAAAAGAAGAUGCUUGGCAGGUUGUCAUAGGAAAAGUCCCUAUUCAUGAUUUUGCUGAUUCAGAAUCUCCAUAUUUACUUGCUGGAUUUCAUGGGAAGCUUCAUCUCAUCACAAAAGAUGCCAACCAUGAAGUUGCUGUUCUACGGGCUGAUCCUCAUCAUAAUUUGGAUUCUUCACCAUCAAGUUCAAUUCCUUUUGCAGAUGAGUCCUCGCAUGAACUUCCUAAUUCAGUAGCUGAAUCAGAAUCAGUUAUCUGGAGGGUUGUUGCUAAGAGGGAUUUUGGGUCUGCUGAACUUGUCAGUUGUCAAGUUCUUGAUUUAUAGGCUAGCUUAUCAUUACAUAGUAGAAUGUAAUAUUAAGACGUUAAUUUCUUAUAAUCUAUACAAGAGAAGACAGCAGAGAAUGUUGUAUUUAGGCCUCAGGGCUCCAACAGCUCGAAAAAUGUUCUGUACAUGCAGCAAAAUUUUUGAUCUCCAUGAGAAAACUGACCGAUGAGGGGACAACUACUUGUCAGACAUGUCUCUUGUUUGUCUUUUGAGUUGUUGCUGUAAAAGCCAAGACAUGGUUGCUAUAAUAUAUUUUUUUUUAUGAUGGAAUCUACGAUGAAAGAUUUAUGCAGAGGUAUAAAUGCGCAUUUUAUUGCUGACUAACACUUAUACGUUUUAGGAGACAGCUGGAACUUGAACUGGUGCACUAUAUAAAUAGGAGGCAGAGGUUUUCAGUAGUGAUUCUUCAGCAUCUGCUUUUUUUAUAUAAUUAUUAAUCAUUUCUGGAAAUGUUAUACCCUUGAUGGUGUUCGAAUUUGUUCUUAUGGGUUCUAAUUAUCAAAGCCUUUGGUAUUCGUUGCAGAUGCUGUUAGCUAGAUCAGAGUGAGUCCAUUUUUCUCCACCGGCGUCUCACCCUGAAAAGAUACAUCAAUUACGAAAUAGACUGUUGCAGAUUUUGGUUGAGAGCCACCAAUAUUGUCAUUAUUCUUUAUGCAGGCAUUUUCUUCUUCCAUCUCUUUCUUGAGCAAUGUAUGCUGGAUAAAAAUGUUAGGCAGGACAAGGCCUCGGAUCUGAGUUUGAGCUGUCCUGUGCAGUGGUAAAUCGCUUUUUCUUUCGAUGAAAUUUAUAUGAUCCGUGUAUCAUCGUUUUGUUAAAGAUGAAGUUAUUUGGAAGAACGAAAAUCAUGUUGACUUUCGGUAUAAUGCUUAAAUUCGG